AUGAAGUCCUCGGAGAAUCUUCAGUCACUCUUCAUCGGUGAUCCGUCUGCCGUCUUCACUCGCAUGAUACAGGGUUCCAAGGCUGGAGAUAUGGGCUUCUUCCACGUUCGACGUGAAAACAAUGUGGUACCUGCAUAUAUGUCGAGCCCUAAGCGUAAAGAACGUCCUUUGAUUCUGACAUCGAAUCAAGAAUUCCCAAAAAGUGAGGGAGACGGAUACUGGCGUCGGUUUGGUGCGAGAGAACCUCAACGAGGUAAUAUUGAGCGAGACGGAUCCUACGACGUUGAAUUCGUGCCCCGGAGCCAGAUAGCUCUGAAAUGGGGUGCGAUGGGUCCCCAUGGGGCCGGAAAGUGUUUUCUGUUCUCUCCCACGCAACAAUGUUACAGCGGUACUCACUAUGCUACCUAUAAGGAACAGAGCUACUGCUUGGCGACGCACUUUGCAUUCGUACAAACCUAUAUGAUCUUCUUCAUAUCGCUCUACAGGAUGACUUUCACCACGUGCCCUGUAAAGCACAUAAUGGUGGUGGAGCAAGUAAGCCGUGGAAUAACGGAAAGGAUGAAGAAAGCAUCGAUAGAUAUGCACAAGGAACAACCUGGACCAACAUGUCCACCCACAUGGUCCGCAUCCCUUAUACCACGAUGCAGGCAGUAUCGGGUACCUGACGACCCCGAUUACAUCGGAGGUGCAAAAGUGGACAGGCAGUUCACGAGUCCCCCAUGUAGGGAAUCGAUGUUUGCGCACCAGUGGGACGAUUUCAAGGACGGAAAAUUACGUGCUCAAGAUCAUCCACUGUUCCAACGGUAUAGGGAAUACCUGGAGUCGAUUAUGACUUGGUCGAAUCGUCACAAUGGACGAUGCGAUUUUUUCGUCCGGAAAGGGUUUACUAAAGCGUUAAGCACAUGGUACCACUUUCUGCUCCUUGUCCGCAAUACUGGUAUGGGACAGCAACGUUUGGCUGAAGUGGAGCAGGCGAGAUAUCGUGUGAAAGAUAUUUUGGAUAGAAUGAAAGGAGAGGAAAAAAUCCAAGUUACUUUUCGUGGAGUGUUGCCAAGAAGACAACGAAAAGCAGAGAUGUUGUGCAGUGUAGUUCGCAUGAUCGUAACUCACAACCGAGUGCUCAAUGCGAUGAGGGAGAUAUACAGCGUUUGCACCGACACUCAUAACCUAGAGCGAAGAGAAUACAACCAUUUCAUGGGAGCUCUUAUGGCGUACAUUGUGCACUGCAAUACUGCGGGGAACGAGUGCAUCUACAAAAUGAUGCACGGCUCUAUAUAUCCCCCGUCCGACCGUGAGCCGUCAGAAACUGGGCUUCAGAAGAAAUCGAUAACGAGAAGAGAUGGUGUAAUGGUAGAUUAUUGGGUUGGCGUGUACGGUAAAGGAAAGACAGCGGAAAGAAUACGCAAAGAAAGCACCUACCGAGGGAAUUUUUUCGUCAUCGAUGAGGUGUCGCGGUUGCUGGUUGAAAUGUACACCAGAAUGCGUGAAUGCUGGGUAAAACUGUCAUCCAACGGCGAACGAGGCACUAAUAAUGCCCUGCAGACAUGGGUUGUGCUUGAAGGCAUCACCCCUCAAAGAAAUUGA